AUGUCUCUGACCAGGACUGAGAGGACCAUCGUCGUGUCCCUGUGGAGCGAGAUCUCCACACAGGCGGACACCAUUGGCACAGAGACCCUGGAGAGGCUCUUCUCCUGCUACCCCCAGGCCAAGACCUACUUCCCGCACUUCGACCUGCACUCGGGCUCCGCGCAGCUGCGCGCGCACGGCUCCAAGGUGGUGGCCGCCGUGGGCGACGCGGUCAAGAGCAUUGACAACGUGACGAGCGCGCUGUCCAAGCUGAGCGAGCUGCACGCCUACGUGCUGCGCGUGGACCCGGUCAACUUCAAGUUCCUGUCCCACUGCCUGCUGGUCACGUUGGCCUCGCACUUCCCCGCCGACUUCACGGCCGACGCGCACGCCGCCUGGGACAAGUUCCUGUCCAUCGUGUCCGGCGUCCUGACGGAGAAGUACCGCUGA